AUGAGUUCAAAACCGCCUGUACCAUUGGGAAAAAAAAAUGGUGGAUUUCCAAAGCUAGUGAAGCCUUUUACAAAAUCUAUGUUAUUUAAAAUUAAAGGAAAAAAUUCAGAUGAUGCAGGAAAAAGUAAAACUAUGGAAAAUUUUAAGAGUAAAAAUAGUAUUGACAAUGUUGAAGAAUCUCUAAAAACAGAAACAAAUGAAUUGAAGCCUAAAUUCAUAAAACCCAAAUUAAAGGUUCCCGAUUUAAAAUUUAAAUCAUUAAAUCCUCAAUCCAAGAAUCUUUCCCCUAUAAUAAAAAGAUUGAAAACAAAACCCAAAUUAAUGGAUAUAAAAGAAACAGAAACAAAAUUAAAAAAAUCUCCACAAUUAUUUAAAUCUGUUGAAAUGAAAGAAAAUGAUGACGAUGAUAUGACAAAGGAAGAAAUUUCAAAAUCAGAAGGGCCCAAAACUUCAAAAUUUGUGAAAAUUUCUAAAUUUCCUAAAUUUGAAAAAUCUUUAAAACCAGCAUUAAAAGGUUUAGUCCAAAAAAAUGGAGAACAAAGUCACUCAGAAAUGGAAGACGAAAAUAAAACUCUGGGCGAUAGAGAACAAUUUAGACAAAAUAAAUAUUAUAAUAAUGUGAAUUUGUUAAACUCAUUAAAAAAUAAAAAUUUUAAUUUAUCAAAAACGAAAAGCAUUGAAAAUAACAAAAUAUCAGUAACUAAUGAAAACGAUGAAAAAUGUAAUAUUGAUGAAGAAAAAAAUAAUUCAAUUUUAAAAAAAUAUUCACAUUCUUUUUCAAAGGAUAAAACAGAAAAUAUUAUUGAUGAUAGUAAUAAAAAUUAUAUUACAGAAAAAUUAGGAAAAGACAGUACAUUAAAAAAGGGAGUUAAUAUGAUGUUUAAAACAAAGAAGUCUAGUUUAAAAUCAAGUUUUAAUAAUAAUUCGAGUAAAGAAGUACAUGAUCAAAAACAAAAUGAAUCUAUUGAUACAGAUCAAGCUGAGCCUGAUAAAAUAAAUUUUAGCAACAAAGGUAAUGACAAUAAUAUUGGGGAUAAAAUUAAUGUAUUGAUUAGUAUGGAAAAUAAACCAAGACAAAUUGGGCCUUUGACAACAUAUACAGAAAGUGAAAUACUUAAAAAUAAUAAUUAUAUGAAUGCAUUUUCGAGAGUUGAUGGAAAUUAUAUCGGUAAAGUCACUGGCCCUCCUGUUACUCCUUUGUCUAUGUCAGAUAAAAUUCCACAAAAUGAAAGUGAAAAAAAAUGUGAAUAUAAUAAAGUAAAUAAUAUCGAGAAGGGUUAUAAUGAUAGCAAUAAUAACAACCGUUUUGUGGACAACCACUUAUACGCCUCGAACUUUCCCAUUUUUUUCGAUCCAAGUAACAUAAGUUGGAAUAACAAAGAUCAGAUGAAUUUUCCAUUUAUUUUUUAUCCAGGAUUUGGUUUUUAUUCGCCUGUAUUUUCUGAUGGUACUUGUUCGUAUAGCCCCAUGAUGGAAAAAUGUCAUAAGGAUCCAAGUAAUAAUAAAAAUGGAGAUAUAUUAGAUAAGGAAAAUGUGGAUAAAGAAAGAAAAAAUAACAAAAAAAAAAUUUCUAAUAAGAAUAAAGAUAAAACAAUGAUAGCAGGGGGUCAUUUAAAACCUUUGCAAUUUCGGAAUGGAGCUGAAUGGAGUAGUGAAGAUGAAAAUUUGUUAAAUAGUGAUAUAGCUAUUUAUGAAGGAAUGGAAAGAAAAAUUAAAAAAAAAGAAAAGGGAAAAGUAAAAGAACGAUAUAUUGGUGAUUCAAAAUGGUAUGAUAUUGAACAUAAAUUAAAUAACUGUAGAGGGGUGAUAGAAAGUGAUAAUCAUAAAUGUUACAAAAAAAAAAAAAAAAAAUAUAGUGAUGCAAAUGUGAAUAUAAGUUGUAAAAGCGAUACAAAAUAUAGUAACUGUGAAGAUGAAUUUUCAUCGAGUUGUGAAAAAACAUAUUUAGAAUCUGACACAAAAAAUGAUCCAUAUAGUGAAUUAAGUAGUGACGAACAGAUGAAGUAUUACAAUCGUUCAAAAAGGAGUAGUAAUAAAAAAAAAAAUUCAAAUAAAUAUUUAGAAGAUGAAUAUGAUUUUGAUUUUGAUGAUUUAUAUAAAAAUUAUAAAAUCGAAUAUUUAAAAGAUAAAUUAAAAUGGGCAAAUGAAUAUCUUAAAAAAAGAGAGGAACGUGAAAAACAUGAUAUUAAUGAUAUGAUUACGCAAAAUAGUAACGAUUCAAAUAUAGGAAAUAAAUGUUUAAAAAAAUCGAAUAUAAAAAAUAGUAUAAAGGGAAAGAAAAAGAAUGCGAAACGGUUAGAUGAUAUAACUCAUUUAUUUUUGCCUUCUCCAAAAAAACAUGAAAACUUAUUUGAUUUGUCUUUAAAUUUUUCUAAAGUUGAUGAUAGUGAUAAAGAUGAUAUAAUUAACAUGCUUUUUUUAUGUCGAGAUUUAGAAAAAGUAAUUGAAGAACAACAUUGUAUUCUUGAUAUGUUAGACAACGAUUUAUCUGAAGUAAAUAAUUCAUUAAGGUUACCACCAAAUUGGGAUAAUAUUAAUAAUUUUGAAAUUUUACAAGAGCAAAUAUUAAAUGAAAAUGAUAAUAAUACAAAUUCUUUGAAUGUUUAUGAUGGAGAGCAUAAUAAUGGUUUGGCUUUGAAUAAUGUCCCUUUAUUUAUAAAAGGUAAAAUUUCUUUGAUUCCCAAAAAUUUAAAUCAUUUUUUUGAUAACAAUGAUCAAGCACCUCAAACGGGACAAGCUUCUAAAAAUAUUGAUGCCAUUAAAAAUAAAAAAGGAGAUAGCACAUAUUCUACACCUCCAGAAGCAUAUAAACCGACAAAUAAAUAUAUGCCCAAAUUUGUAAAGGCUCGAAUAAAGGCGAAAACCCCCUUAUUAUUAAAGGGGGGAUAA